CUCCUUUGAGGAUGUAUCUGCUGCGGGCGGUCGCUUGAAUCGCCAACCAUUAUCCCAUGGUGGAUACAGUGGCUCUGGAAAUCCUGGUGGAACUUCUUCAUACGGCUAUUGUUGCGCUGGUGGUGGCGGCGGCGCAGGGGCUGUUGGCGGUGUCCCGUAUGGUGGUCCGCAGGGCCCGUCUGGCGGAAACGGCGGAGAUGGACUUCCAUCUGAUAUCAACGGCACUACGACCUUUUACGGUGGGGGCGGUGGUGGUAAAAGCGAGGGCUAUUAUGGCGGCGACGGCGGACGGGGCGGAGGUGGAAAAGGUUAUUCCAGCUGGCAUGUGGAGGGCAUAACACCCGCACAAUCAGGAUUGCCUAGCACGGGUGGUGGUGGAGGCGGAAGCCCUACAGGGAGCCCUGCUGGUUCGGGAGGCUCCGGCAUCGUCAUCGUCCGCUACAAGCAACUCCCUGUCUGCGUGAACCAGGAGAAACAGUGCGGCACCGACUACUACCACGACGGUUCGGACUGCGUAAAGUGUCCGGCGGGCACGACGAGGCAACCCGGCGCGGCCAACAAGUGCACACCCUCCGGCUCGGAAAAUGCCGACAAGGACAACAGCGGCAACAGCGGCAACAGCCCAGCGCCGGCGCCCGCCGAGUCUAAGAAACGACAGGCGGAGGAGAGGGCGAAGAAAAUGAACGCCGGCAUCACCAACCCGAUGCAGAAGAAAAAAGCCGACCUGCUCGCCGCCGCCGCCAUCGGCGGCGACAAGGUGAAGAAGCUGAAGUUCGCCCAGCCCGUCCAGGCUGCCUCCCCGGACGACGCGUGCGCACAGGCGUACGACAAGGCUGGCGUGAGAUCCAGCCUCGGCGCGUGCGUCGCGACCCAGACAUCGUCGUCGGGGCGUAAGCUUGUCGCGUCCCAGUACGACGUCGAGCUCCUCUUCAGCUCCGCCGAGGUUGACGACGCGGCGCUGACGGAGGCUGUGAACUCGCUCAAGGCGAACGGUCUGGAGUCGACGACGUCGAGCGUGGACCCCAUCGAGGAGCUCAAGACCGUCCCGGGCGUGGACGUCACGGAGCUCGCGACUUUCGAGACCGAGGCCAAGGCUGCGGCGGAGGAGGCUGAGGCGCAGUCGCCGCCUCCGGCGGCACCGCCGCCGCCGCCCUCGCCGCCGCCGCCGCUCAUCUUGGACGAGGACGAUCAUGCGCCGGGGCGUGCGGGUGCGCUCCUCGUGACGGCGUUCACGUCGCUCGCGUGCGUCUUGUUAGUGUAAAU